CGCCCCCUCAACGCUAUUGGGCGCUGUGAUGUCACUGACAGAAUGUGGUCGGUUUUGUUCAAGUGAAGUUUUUACUUUACGCUUUGCAAGAAGGGAGGUGCAGUUCAGAAUAAAGACAAGAAGGGGUCGUAAUUAGGAAAUAAAACGAAAAGGAAAUGCCACAGUAGCAAUCGGGUAAUACUAGACAGAAUAUCUCGCGUUUUGAAAGACUCGGCGUUGAGGGAUGUCAACACAGAUGAAGCAAGCCGAGUUUUGUGCCGGUCCAAGGCCAGAAUCCACCAUGAUCACCGAGCCUCCACAGAAGAGACAGAGGACAGUUGAAGACUUCAAACAGUUCUGCACUUUUGUGCUGGCCUAUGCAGGGUAUAUUCCAUACCCUAAGGAGCAGGAGCCCUGGCCUCGCAGCAGCCUGAGUCCUCAGCGUAGCACGGGCAGCACGCUGGACAGUGACAGCUGGGUGUCCUCCCGCUCCUCCGACUCCCACACAGCCGCCCGCCACGCCAAGCGCCCCAAGGAGAGGGCAGGGGGCCCCAAGCGAGCCCGUUCUGACGGCGUCCUCCCCGGACUGCCUGCAGCCAUCUGUGGGAGCCCUGCCGGCGUGGAGAAGGGCAACAGGAAGAAACAGUCUGGCAAGACCGUGCCCAGUGAGAAGAAACAGAGAAGGAGGACUGCCGAGGGAGGCAAGAGGACCAGCCUGGGCAAGGUGCCACCCACUGCACCCAUACCCCCUCCCCUGGGGAGUGGGGCAGGUAUCGGGGUCCAGGUGCUGGGGAGAGCAGGGGAACAGCAGGAGGCUGGGCUGCGGCGGCCAGAUGCAACCCUGCUUAGCAGCACCAGGGUGCCUGGCCAGGAGAGCAUUGUAGAGGCAAAGCAAGAGUGGAUACCCCUACCUCUCGGGGAUCACAAAGGAACAGAGGCGGUGACUGAACGCCCAGUCGUGAAGGAGGAGAGGCUACAGAUGAAGGAGGAAGGGCAGCACUGGUAUAACAUGGGCCGGGCAGAUAAGAACAUUAUGGACUGGGAAAGCAACUGGGAAAGUGAGAACAAAAAAACAGAGGACCACCACCACCACCGAGAGGAGGACAAUAUUGACCAGGGGAGUGAGGACUCUACAGCCCUGGAGUGCAAGGAGGUGAAAGAGCAGAAGAACAAAAACAACACGGACCGGCAGCGCACAGACGUUAAAGAACGCAAGAAUAAGGACAACGCAAACCACAAAGAAAAAGAAAAGGAUCUCAGUGACCGAGCUGAAGAAAACAAGCACGAUAUUGACCAGAGGGACAAAGAGACCAGUGAGCAGCAGCAGGAUAAGCUGCUCUUUGACCAGUGUAAUAAGUGCAAUGAUAUUGACCAGGCUGUUAUGAGCAACACUGACCAUAAAAUCAAGGCCAGUAUUGACCAGAUGAAAGCCGACAGUGCCGAGCCGGCGGGUACUGCCUCCCGAGAGGAUAAGGACAUUCUGAAUCACUUGAACGAGGACGGCGUGGACAGGAAAAGUAAGGACAGCUCUGUCCAAGAUGAGGAGGACAGCCAUAUCCAGCAGGAGACAGGCUACCAUACGGACCAGGACAGCAGCGAUACGGACCAGGAGGACAAGGCUGGGGGGGACAGCGUCACGGACUGCUCAUCUUUUUGCACAGAGAACACAUCGGCAGAAGACAGCAGAAUGGAAGAGGACGACUCGUGGGACCUGAUCACUUGCUUCUGCAUGAAGCCCUUCGCGGGACGUCCCAUGAUCGAGUGCAGCGAGUGCGGCACCUGGAUCCACCUCUCCUGUGCCAAGAUCCGCAAGUCCAACGUGCCUGAGGUCUUCAUCUGCCAGAGGUGCCGGGACUCCAAACAGGACAUCCGCAGGUCCAACCGGGCCAGGACCGUGUCCCGCAAGCGCUUCCGCGAGUAGAGGAGUGAAGACGGGGCCGGGACAGGGAACAGACAAAUACAUUGAACUACAAUGAGGCGCAUUCUACUGGGAGGACUGGGCAGGUCCAGCAGACCCCACAGAGGUUCACUUCACUUCAACCUGCCAAGCACCUGCAGUACAGCACUACACCCCGUACAUACUGCUGAUGCUGUGCGUUAGUUAAGGGGGCUUAAAAGGGUGUGGAAGCUGAGGAAACCUUGCACAGGGAGACCGGGGGGGGGGGGAGGGCGGGUGCACGCACACACACGCACACGCACACGCACACACACCCCCCUUGUGGGCUCUACUGCUAUACCAUACCCUCUUCGAAGACAAUCAAGCACAGAAACGACCAAACCAAUGUGAGAACAGCCCAGCACAGCACAGGCUGCCCGUCUUCACUUUGUUAGGCAAAGGGGCUGGAGCUGCACUUCUUAGGUACAGACUCUUUGAGAUUCGAUAUAGAAACAAACACUGCACACUUCAUCACAAUGUCUGUAACGUCAUGCUGUGUAAGGCUGCUGACUGUGAGAGCGGCACUUACAAAGAGUAUACAGAGCCAUGCCCUGGCAUGCCAGGCACAUGGAGCACGAGAUACUGUGGCCUCUGCUUUGAUCCGCAUUGUGAUGUUUGCAUCCUUCUGAUUUCCUGAUGCCCUGGAUGAAGGCAGCUCUCAGCACCACAGCAGCGCUGGACACUUUACAUUGUGAGCGCUCUUUGUUUUUAUUGACUUGGUGAUUGAGCUACAUUCGAUCGCACGAUUGCAUUAACUACCUACAACCUUCUCUCAAUAGCAUUAAAAGUUAAUAGCACUAUUCCUGCAGUUUGUGGAGUCUGCAAAGGGGAUUGCAGUGUUGGUUGGCUGCAGUGUACUUCGUGGGUUUGUUGGUGAAAGGAAGUGUGUGUGUACCAUGCCCAUAGCCUGGUUCUGAAGUGCUAUCCGUAUCCACUCAGUGCCCAGGGUCCCCACGCUAGGAAUCCCUGUGAAUUCCAGAGGCUUGACCAGAAAGGAUGUGCUUCACACCUCUGUGCCUUCCUCACAGUUCCUGAUCAAGAUCUGUGAGACUGAUCCCACUGUGUGUCGAGAGAUGCAGCCUGUGCACCACAGAGUACUUUAUACUUCAUGCUUUGAAAAAGUGGGCAUGGAGGAGAACAAUGUUGAGAAAAAAAAAUAAAUGACAAGAGCUCUGGCAGAGAAACAUUUUAAAUGUGUGGGUUUUUUUUCAGUCCUGACUGGGGAGAUAAAGUGGUAUUUAUUUGUGUGAUGAGAAGCUCUGCUCUUAAACCACACUGUUUAAAACAAAGACUGUCCUCACUCCUUCAGCUCCCUGAUCUGCACACUGUUUAAAACAAAGAGACUGUCCUCACUCCUUCAGCUCCCUGAUCUGCACACUGUUUAAAACAAAGAGACUGCCCUCACUCCUUCAGCUCCCUGAUCUGCACACUGUUUAAAACAAAGACUGUCCUCACUCCUUCAGCUCCCUGAUCUGCACACUGUUUAAAACAAAGAGACUGUCCUCACUCCUUCAGCUCCCUGAUCUGCACACUGUUUAAAACAAAGAGACUGUCCUCACUCCUUCAGCUCCCUGAUCUGCACACUGUUUAAAACAAAGAGACUGUCCUCACUCCUUCAGCUCCCUGAUCUGCACACUGUUUAAAACAAAGAGACUGUCCUCACUCCUUCAGCUCCCUGAUCUGCACACUGUUUAAAACAAAGAGACUGUCCUCACUCCUUCAGCUCCCUGAUCUACACACUGUUUAAAACAAAGAGACUGCCUUCACUCCUUCAGCUCCCUGAUCUGCACACUGUUUAAAACAAAGAGACUGUCCUUACUCCUUCAGCUCCCUGAUCUGCACUGUUUAAAACAAAGAGACUGCCUUCACUCCUUCAGCUCCCUGAUCUGCACACUGUUUAAAACAAAGAGACUGCCUUCACUCCUUCAGCUCCCUGAUCUGCACACUGUUUAAAACAAAGAGACUGCCUUCACUCCUUCAGCUCCCUGAUCUGCACACUGUUUAAAACAAAGAGACUGUCCUCACUCCUUCAGCUCCCUGAUCUGCACACUGUUUAAAACAAAGAGACUGUCCUCACUCCUUCAGCUCCCUGAUCUGCACACUGUUUAAAACAAAGAGACUGUCCUCACUCCUUCAGCUCCCUGAUCUACACACUGUUUAAAACAAAGAGACUGUCCUCACUCCUUCAGCUCCCUGAUCUGCACACUGUUUAAAACAAAGAGACUGUCCUCACUCCUUCAGCUCCCUGAUCUGCACACUGUUUAAAACAAAGAGACUGUCCUCACUCCUUCAGCUCCCUGAUCUGCACACUGUUUAAAACAAAGAGACUGCCUUCACUCCUUCAGCUCCCUGAUCUGCACACUGUUUAAAACAAAGAGACUGCCUUCACUCCUUCAGCUCCCUGAUCUGCACACUGUUUAAAACAGAGAGACUGUCCUCACUCCUUCAGCUCCCUGAUCUGCACACUGUUUAAAACAAAGAGACUGACCUUACUCCUUCAGCUCCCUGAUCUGCACACUGUUUAAAACAAAGAGACUGCCCUCACUCCUUCAGCUCCCUGAUCUGCACACUGUUUAAAACAAAGAGACUGUCCUCACUCCUUCAGCUCCCUGAUCUGCACACUGUUUAAAACAAAGAGACUGCCUUCACUCCUUCAGCUCCCUGAUCUGCACACUGUUUAAAACAAAGAGACUGCCCUCACUCCUUCAGCUCCCUGAUCUGCACACUGUUUAAAACAAAGAGACUGCCCUCACUCCUUCAGCUCCCUGAUCUGCACACUGUUUAAAACAAAGAGACUGUCCUCACUCCUUCAGCUCCCUGAUCUGCACACUGUUUAAAACAAAGAGACUGUCCUCACUCCUUCAGCUCCCUGAUCUGCACACUGUUUAAAACAAAGAGACUGUCCUCACUCCUUCAGCUCCCUGAUCUGCACACUGUUUAAAACAAAGAGACUGCCUUCACUCCUUCAGCUCCCCGAUCUGCACACUGUUUAAAACAAAGAGACUGUCCUCACUCCUUCAGCUCCCUGAUCUGCACACUGUUUAAAACAAAGAGACUGUCCUCACUCCUUCAGCUCCCUGAUCUGCACACUGUUUAAAACAAAGAGACUGUCCUCACUCCUUCAGCUCCCUGAUCUGCACACUGUUUAAAACAAAGAGACUGUCCUCACUCCUUCAGCUCCCUGAUCUACACACUUUUUAAAACAAAGAGACUGUCCUCACUCCUUCAGCUCCCUGAUCUGCACACUGUUUAAAACAAAGAGACUGCCUUCACUCCUUCAGCUCCCUGAUCUGCACACUGUUUAAAACAAAGAGACUGUCCUCACUCCUUCAGCUCCCUGAUCUGCACACUGUUUAAAACAAAGAGACUGUCCUCACUCCUUCAGCUCCCUGAUCUGCACACUGUUUAAAACAAAGAGACUGCCUUCACUCCUUCAGCUCCCUGAUCUGCACACUGUUUAAAUGCAUUUUUGUUAUUGUUUUGUGUAAAAAAACAAAACAAAAAAAAUAUAUAUAUACAGAGACUGUAAA